CAUUCGCAGAGAAAAGUCUCUCCUUAAAGACGUAGAGGAGCGUAAUGUAUCCAUCACAGAGCUGAGAGAAAAAAAAGGAAAAGGACUUCGAUCCGAGAGCAGGAUAGCCCCAAUGUGCGCAUAGAGUGGGCUCUGCGUAAAGAUCCGCAGACUCUAGAGAUAAGUUGAAAUUUACUUUGACAAGAAUAGUUUGAACCCAUUUGAUCGCUCAUGCGUGCAACCGUUUAGGAGUUUAAUUAAGAGGUAAUUUGGCUUCUCUCGCGCACAAACAGGAACAACACCAUUUGUGCAUCCUAGAGGUUUUACAGUUGGAGCCUGUGUUGUUUGAGGAAGACAUGGCUAAGUUAUUCCGGGCUGCUAUAAUGGGUCCACCAGGAUCAGGGAAAGGAACAAUAUCCAAGAGGAUUGCGCAAAGCUUUGGCCUGCAAUAUCUGUCCAGUGGCCACUAUCUGCGAGAGAGCAUAGCAGCAAAUACAGAGGCAGGUGUGCUGGUGAAGACCUACGUAGAAAGAAGCAUGCUGGUGCCUGACCAUGUUAUGACCAGACUGAUGCUGCCCAGACUGGAACAGCUGAGCGGCCACAGCUGGCUGCUGGACGGUUUUCCCCGGACUCUGACACAGGCCCGAGCCCUGAACAGUUUGUGUCAGCUCGACUUGGUCAUCAGCCUCAACAUCCCCUACGAGACUCUGAGGGAGAGACUGAGUGACCGCUGGAUCCAUCCAGCCAGUGGUAGAGUCUAUAACAUGGGCUUCAACCCGCCACGAGUGCAGGGUAAGGAUGACAUCACUGGUGAGCCACUGAUUCAGCACGAUGAUGACAAACCAGAAGCCCUGAUGGCCAGACUGAGACACUACAAAGAUGUGGCCAAGCCUGUCAUAGACUUAUACAAGUCACAGGGAGUCCUGCACUCAUUUUCUGGUACAGAGACGGACAGGAUUUGGCCUUAUAUCAACUCCCUCCUCAGCACCAAGAUGCACACACGGCCAUCGGAUGCCUUCCAAACCCAGACACCCUGACACGUCUCUGAAUGAAAA